GCUGUAGUGUUGAAUGAGCGGAAGGAGGAGGGAGAUCAUACAUUAACUCGUGCUGGCUGCGGGGACCCUCCAGUUGAUAGAAGCCAAGACAGUGGGAUGCACUCAGAACAACACUGACAGCUUUUCUCCUUCCCCAGAAACGACAAAUGAAACCCAAGCGAAAAACCAAUUGAAUGUUUUGACUACCCGGGAAUGUUUACGCACCACCAAAGAGUAAAGAUAACGCUGCAGAGAUGAGUGUUGCAUGGUUCUGCGUGCUUCUGAAGGAUCCCCUCUCCUGAUAAAGGGAGCAAAGAGGACAAAACAAGCCUGUCCAUGAUAUUUUCAAAAAGAAGAUCGCAAAGGUGGAGCGAUUAGAGAAGGGCUGAUGACGGGACUAUUAAUCCUUUCAGUGCAUCAAAAGCACCAAAGGGUAUUAGAAACGUUUGGAUGGAAAUCGGGCGAGUGUUUAGAACUGUUUUUGGUAUUAUAUGAAACUGGUGAUUAGUUGGUGUGACAAAUCAGCAAGGAUUUUUCCCCUCACCAUUCAAGAUUUUGUUUUAAGGAGUAAAUUUGUAUUCCCAAAUCUAAAUGGAAUUAGUUGAGUCUGAAGCCGGUUGUGAAAGGAACAGACAUGGUACAUGGGCACAGCUUCCAUCACGUUGUUGCAAGUCUCCUCAUACUUGGGUUGUCUGGGGCAACAAAGAAGGAUACAGCAGUGAAAAACAAUUCUGGAGUGAAGCCUGCAGGUCAAUGUGGAACGUGGGUGAAAGAAUCAGAAGGAGGACUCUUCACAUCUCCCAAUUUCCCAAGCAAAUACCCCCCAAACACAGAGUGUGUUUACAUCCUUGAAGCCCCCCCAAGGCAGUGUAUUGAUCUACACUUUGACGAGAAUUAUUCAAUCGAGUCCUCUUGGGAAUGUAAAUUUGACAACAUCGAGGUUCGGGAUGGACCGUUUGGCUUCUCCCCAAUGCUCGGACGGUAUUGCGGUCAGCACAGCCCACCGGAUAUCAGGAGUAGUGGCCGAUAUCUGUGGAUAAAAUUUGUUACAGAUGGUGAACUGGAAGCGGUGGGAUUUUCCGCAAAUUACAACUUCACUGCAGAUUUACCUGCGUUUUCUCGACUAUGAGAUGGCCAAUUCCAAUGAAUGCAAGCGCAACUUUGUGGCAGUGUAUGACGGUGGCAGCUCGGUGGAAGAUCUGAAGAGCAAGUUCUGCUCCACUGUGGCCAACGACAUCAUGCUGGUCUCCACACUGGGUGUCAUCCGUAUGUGGGCAGACGAAGCCAGCCGGAAAAGUCGCUUCCGCAUCCUUUUCACGACGUACCAAGAACCUCCAUGUGAUGCAGAUGCCUUCUUCUGUCACAGUAACAUGUGCAUAAACAACACACUUGUGUGUAAUGGCAUGCAGAACUGUGUCUACCCCUGGGACGAGAACCAAUGUAAAGAGAAGAGGAAAGCUAACAUCCUGGACAACCUGAACAACACAAACGGAACCAUAAUUGGUGUCACUUGUUGCAUCGUCUUCAUCCUCCUCAUCGUAUCCAUCAUUGUGCAGAUCAAGCAGCCACGUAAAAAGUACAUCCUGCGGCGUGAGGACUUUGACCCCACCAUGUUUCAAGAGGUCUUUGAACCGCCUCACUAUGAGCUGUGUACUUUACGGAGUGCCACCGCAGCAGCAGCCUCAGCAGACUUAGUCGACCUGGCAGAAGACUUUGAGAACUACCACGCCCUUCGUCGUGCCUCCUCACGCUGCGUCCAUGAUCACCACUGUGGUUCAACCUCCAACCCCGGCUCAGCCCACAUAUCCCAGCUGUCACUCAGUGGACGAGGAAGCCGUGGAAACUUGAGUGCUCGUGAUGCAGCGGCCGCCACUCUGCUCACAGACCUUCCACAGCCGCCUAUGGCAGUGCGGCCCUUGCUGCCAUCCACAGGAAACCGCAGGAGCAUUUUGGUCAUGAAGCACAGCUACUCACAAGAGGCAGCGGACAAUGGAUGUGACCUGGAUGACGACCUGGAAGAAGUUCCCACCACCAGCCACCGGCUUUCACGCCACGAGAAGGCAGUACAGCGACUUCUUGAGAAUAGUGCAAUCCUGGAUCAAUACGAACGGGCGUCACUGACAUAUGAAAAAGCGGAGCGGGGAUUUACACCAGCAUGAUGCUGCUGAUGAUGAUGAUGAUGAAGGGACACUUUGACGAAAAGGAUAUUAAAAAUGUAUUCAUGUGCAAAGAUGAACACAAAGGACUAGAUGAAAAUACUCCAGCUGUAAUGCUGUGAAUGGGGGGAGUUUUGAAAAUCUGUACGUACUGUAGUCAAUCCAGAUUUUUUUUGUCUCAGUGGAAAGAUGUAGAACUUUAGAUGAAAAUGCUUAUUGAAUUGAAUUUGGGACGUUAGAAACUUUGUCAUUGUCAUGGAUUCCUCACUGAUAACAAAAUUAAUGUGAUCAAACAUUUUCAAAUUACUUUUUAAGCAUGCAUUUUUCAAAUUGGUAGCAUACAUAUUAUGAUUUUACUAGCAAAUUAUAGAUGCUUGCAGUUUGUCAAAUUUAGGAAAAUAAUUUGGUUUAUUAUUGAAAAUUGGAAUUUAACUCAAUCUAAUUACUAACACACUGCAAUUUAAUAUUGUUGAAAUAACCAAAGGCAAUUUAAUUUGAAUAACAUUACAAAGCCCAACUGUAUGGCUUAUGCAUGCUUCUUUUAUAUUCAUUAAAACAUUAACAUACUAACAUUACAAUAUGAAACCCCCUCAUCUACUAAUAGUCAUAUGGACAUAAGAAAUGAGAAAAAAGCAUAUUUGAAAUUAAUUAAUUGCAUUGCAUGCUGUUGCUUAGCUAAAUUGUUAGGUAAAGAGCUCAGCUACAUUUCCACCAUUUUCAUUUUACCACAGACUAACUUUUUAACAGGCAUCUUUCUUUGAAAAAUAGUAAUUUUUUGUCAAACAUCUUUACUUCAAGUCUGUUUGUCUUCUAACUGUCUUCUACCAUAGGAGCUUAAUAUCUUUGUAUUAAAUCAGAUUUUUCUACUAGGUCAAAUUGAAAGAAUGAUUUUUAACGUUAUUCAAAUUAUCUUUCAGGGCUGAUUUUAGUGAUGCUUUGUAAAAUAAAUAACAAUAAAGCUUCACCUUUUUUCUUUGAUUUAUUGGUUUUUGGUCAGCAGUGUCUCUGUCCAUUAAGUGUUUCAUUAAACUGUCAGCACAUACCAUCCAUGUCUCACAAUCAUAUAUUUUUUAGAUGUCUGUUUAUUGUGGUUGACUUGCUUUAAAGGAAGACCAGACCUAAAUUGAAUUGUAAGUGCAAGACAUUUGUUUCGCCAAUCAGGAAGAUACAAUGAGUUCCUGACAGUUUAGAUAAUCACAGAUAUCGGACAGACAAGUUCAUUCACAUCUUGUGUUUGUCUUGAUGAGAUUAACCCCUUAUGGUACUGCAGAAGGGAAUAAUUAGCCUCAUACACUAAUAACACUCAAUGUUACGAGGCUGGUUUUGGAAUUAAAACUGAAAAACAGGCGGCAUCAUGUGGAGAGUGGGAAGAGAGGAUCAGCUGUGAGCACAAUGACAUAAACACGUUUUUCUCUUAAUCUCUGUUUUUUUUUCUCAUUAAAAUUUGCUAUAUUGGCAUGAAUGUCACGACAGCAAUAUUGUCAAAACAUCAUUAACAUAACAUUAAGACUGAUAUAUACAGUACAUCCUAUUCGUGUGUGUGUGUGUGUGUGUGUGUGUGUGUGUGUGUGUGUGUGUGUGUGUGUGUGUGUGUGUGUGUGUGUGCGCUUGUGUGUCUCACUCACUGUCCCUCAGGUUGUGCCAUAGUGGUACAUAUUGUUGAGCAAGACAUGCUCUGUCUCCUACUCCUAGGAGUAUUUUAAUUUUGAGAGGUCAUUAAGCUCUUAAAUUAAAGAGUUGAACUUGUUAGAGUAAAUGUACCUUAUUUCAUUGAACAUUUGUAGGUAAGAAGUGCAUCUCUGUCUCAACCUGACCUGUCAAACAGUGACUACAUACUUUGUUUUCUUUUGGUUUCCAUGAUUUUUGGUGCCAUCUUGAUUUGAUUGCUAGUUUGUGGUCACUGAGCCUGUACUUGGUUAGGAUCUGUUUCUGCUUUCUAUCUCUGACAGUAGAGCAAUAUUCUGCCAAUUCAUUCAUCUCUUUUAGGACCACAUAACACUCCAGAUAGGUUUAAUUACAUUGUGCUAUAAUUUGGUUUACUCUGGUAGGUGUUUGUAAAGCAGUGUUAUUGGUUUUUUUUGGUAAACUGGUAUUUGUUCUCCUGACAUCUGGGGUGUUUUUGAAAAUCAUGACAUUAGUUUUCUUCAUAUUUACCUCCAUGGCCUAAUUUUGACAGAACUUUUCUACAGUUUCCAGCUCUUGCUGUAGUCCUUGUUUAGUAGCAAACAGUAGAACAAGGUCAUCAGCAUAAAACAGAUACUUCACCUCUCUAUCUUGGAGGGAGAGGUCAGGAAGGGGCUUUAUAUACACAUUAAAUAACUUAAAUUACAACCCUGAGGAACACCUUUUCUCUGAAGAGUUCAGUUUGUUUGUCUUCAAUUUUAACAUCACACUUAUUUUCCAAACACAUUGAUUUAACCAGAUGAUACAUUUCCCCCCCUAAACCACAAUGGAUGCUUGUUUAAAAUCAAUAAAACAAGUUAAUAUCUUACCAUGUUUUGUUUGGCGUACAAGUUUGUUAAAGUGUGAAGUGUAUAUACAGAGUUGGUGGUGCAGUAUUUUGGGAGGAAGCCAAUUUCAUUCUUAUUCAAUAUGGAGUGUCUGUGAGGUCAAUUCUUUCCAAGUAAUCAAGAAAUAAAGGGGAUUUUGGUUUUCUCUUAAUUGUUUCUUCUAAUGUUACAUACAGAUUUUCAAAAUGUGCUCUCCAGGUGUCACUAUUUUUGAUGAGUAAUGCUUGCAAUUGCUUUGUGUUUAAAUUGUUCCCACUAUCCCAGAUUGGUUUUGAUUAAUUGAUUAAUUGAUUUGAUUUCAUGUGGGUAUAAUUCAGUUUUUUGUUCCUAAUUGCACCUUUACAUUUGCUUAAAAUUAAGAGUUGUUUGGUUGGCAAUAUUUUUCAUUUGCUAUUUUUCUCAGGUCUUUCCUAAUGGACUUGCAUUCUUGAUCAAAUCAUUUGUCAGCGUUUUUGUUUUAUAAAGUCAGCUUUAAUAGCUGCCUUAUAAAAAAAUAUUCUAAUGUUGCCAGAGGCCUUGUUUACAUCUCUAGUAAUGGCAUAUUGAGUUUGGUCAUAUAUUAAUUAAUAUGUAAUUUAGAUAGAGAGAGUUCAAGGCCACAAUGAAUUUGUCUCCACUGUAGGAUUUAAUUAAUAGUACAGUUUACUGGGUUCCCUAUUUGUGUCACUCAUUCAACCUGAAAGUUUAAAGAACACAUUCGUUUAGUUGUGGUCAGAAAGGAGAGAUUGCUGUCUGACAUUGAGUGAACUGAUAGUAGAGCGAUCCAUGCCAGCGAUUGCACACUUUUACUACACUAGAGCCAAGAGCUAAGGAGUGUGUGAAUCUCCCUAAAGAAUCGCCUCUGAACCUACAAUUAACUGUGUACAGGCCUAAGGCCCAACAGAGAUGCACUACCUCCUUGCCAUUUUGAUUUAUUUCUUGUAAAGGCCAUGACUUCAUUAUAUCCUGGAGGACAGUGAGUGAGCAGAUCAUUUUGACACCAUAUUUCUGUCAACACAAUUAAAUCAGAGAGUGAGGAGUAGAGAACCUGACUAUUCCAACAGCUGAUAUGAAAUGAACAGAUUAAAAACAAAGUGAGCAAUCACAAUGAACUUAUAUAUUGAAACAAAUAUGAAAAAACCUACAGCAUUUACUUGUGCUUACUUACAUUCCAUGACAUGUAUAAUUUUCACUAAUACUACUACUGUAUUGGCUACUACUAUUGCUAUUAUUACUACUACUAAUUAAUAAUACAUUUUGAUGUUCUGUUAUUAAAGUAGGAAGGUGUGGGAAGGAAUAUGUACAUCUUAGCUUAACAGAAGUUGGAAGCACAGGGUGUGCAGAAUCUCCCUGAUAGCAGAUGGAGGAACUGUGGCAGUAGGUUGGGCUACAACUGCGGCAUAGCUCCGCUGUUGUGGGUGGGGAGAAGGUCAUGGGGCUAUUGCUGCUGCAUAUUUCUGAUGCUGAUGCUGUAAAUGGGGUUGGUAGGCACAGGCUGAGGAAGGGAAAAGUAGCCUCCUCUGGUUGUGCUUCGCAGUGGUGAGUGGUAGGUGCAUGGGGAAUGGGAGAUCCAGGCUGGACUAUUGUGUCUCCUCACAGUAGGGGGGGUUCUCCUGGGAUGGAGCUCUGGGAUGGCCUCUUAGAAGAGGAGGGUGUGGAAGGAAUCCUCACCAUCUCUCUGUGUAGAUGGAGUCCAUCAUAGAGGUCCCAGGUGCCAAUGGUUGGGUGGAGGGCCGGUUGGACAUUGGGUAAGGUGGCACAUCCUCUUCUAAUCAUCAUAUUAAUAUCAUGGAUGACAUGAGGUGGGAUGUGUGUCCUAGGUAGCAGGGUGGAGGUCAAAAUGCAGGUGUCAGGGAACUCCCUACUGGCCUGCCUCAACAGUGUCAUUAAGGAGGCUGUGCAGGUCAUUUGCUCCUAGGGUGCGUUACCAGGCAUUGAGGGCACCUGAUGGUCUCCUUUUUCAACAGCUUCAUUGCUUGGCCUGUGGUACUGCAGCAUUUAGACAGCUUUUUUUUAACAGGAAAAAACUUGUUUGUUUCCAAGAAUUUUCCGUUAGAGUCAGCCAGCAGGACCUCUUGUGGGGCUUGCUCUUGAGGCUGAGUGGAGUGAAGCUGGGAUGGGCAAAGCUGACCGUUGGCAGCCAGUUGUGUGGAUGUAUCAGGAGAUGCCAGGGUGUCUGUUGGGCUGCGUACAGAAUGGAGAGGGUGGAACAGAGACAAGGUAGGGUUUUAAGACACUAGCAGGGAGUGUCUGUGUACUAGUCACUGUGGGGACUGAUGGAAGUUGGUCUGUCAGACAUUUGACUUGCCCAUUGAAGCUAAUUCCUCUCUUCCUAGCAUCCUCUUUCACUUUGGCUAACUGAGCAUGGAGUAUACUGUUCUUCUAUUUGAGUGCCUAGACCAGGAAUGUCCAAACUAUUUCAUAAAGGGCCGCCAGCAGAUUUUUGUUCCAACCAAUCAAGAGCACAUGAUUUGACCAAUCAGCUGUCUGAAGACUGAGAUCAGUUGAUUUUAAUUAUGUGCUCCUGCUUGGUUGGAAUGAAAACCUACAGCCACAUGGCUCUUUAUGGAGUAGUUUGGACAUUCCUGGCCUAGACCCCCUCCUCAGAUGCCAAGAUAUGGUUGUCCCUCUUGAUCUGCUGGAGCUCCUCUUUAAGCUGCUGCAGAAUGUUGUCUUUGCGGUCAGAUAGCCUGACUUGGGUUGGCUCUUUAAUUCAGCUGCAGCAGGGCCAUACUCUCCUUCAGCUGGUUGGCAGAGCUGACAGGUGUGGGAAGGGUAGAGAUGGACAAGGUAAUAAAUGAUAAUUGUGACCACUUUGCUAGCUUUUGUUGCCUACAAACAUUGGCAAAACAUACAGUUUGCCAGCUAUAUUAAUAUUACUAACAAGGAACCUUUAAUUAAUUCUUCUUGUCUUCAUAAAAUAAAAAUAAAACAUCUUCUGUCCUUUGGUGCAGUUUCUCUUUUGGUAGCAGUGGCAGGUAGCAGGUAGCAGGUAGCAGUUGAGAGCUAGCUAGUUGUUUUGAUUUUUUUUUAAAUAAAAAAAUCCUCUUCUGUUUUAGCUAAGUAAUGCUGUGAGCUCUUCUGAGUCCUUUCAGAAGAUUAUCUGAAGGUCAUUUUGCAAAAUGUCUCUCUUUUCAUUAGCUCAUUUUUGGUGCAGCUAUUCUUCUGGAAUUAUCUUGUCCAAGUAUUUUCUCCUUACUGUGUGAAUUGCAAUGUGUCUGCCAUCUAUGUGUACAUUAUUUAUUCUGUAUUCAAUGCCCUAUAUGUAUUAUUUACAUUCAUACUCUCCUCACUUUUACCUCCACAUUCACACAAUCCAUACGCAGACCCAUAAUCAUGUAGAUUUUGAAUAAAAUACUUUUCUUUUCUAAAGACACAUUGUGCAGACAUCUGUGAGUUGUCGCCAUGUUCUUCAACUGUGUGAACACUUCCAUAAGUAUAAAAAAUGUCCGAUACAAUACACACAUGCACACUCCUCUCUUUCACUCUUUCCGUCUGUUUUGUUUUUCGCUUUCUCUCUCACAAACUCAUCUGCCAGUAAAUAGAUGGAGGCAGACACCUCAGUAAUUAAGUAAGUCUGAACCAAUUCAAUCACAAGCAGCCCAGGCAGCAGAUGAAAAAGUUAUAGGGCCUAGAACAGACUAAAAGUAAUAGUGUUUUCAUUUCUCUACAGAUACAUCAGACAGAUGCAUCAUUCCUCUGCAUCUUGCCAAGUUUGACAGCAUUCGGAGCUAAGGUUUCUCUCCCUUGUGCAUCUUGAGUGAACUGUUGCACUGAGCAACUUUUACCAGUGUAGAGUGUUGUGAUGAGAAACAUUUUUUCAAAAAAGUUUGUGGUGUAUGCAUCAAGUUUCUUUCUUUGCUUUGGACUGCAGAGGUGCAUUUUCCCUACCUGUGCUCCACACCUGGCAAGGAUUGACGAGCCAUGGAAAACUGAUAAUUUCAGAUAUGGGACUGGAACUUUUUUGUUUGUUUGUUUUUAAAAAUAGAAUACCUUUAAUGUAAAGCUGUUCAUGGAGGAAAAAAAACAAUCAGGUUUUUUAAAAUAAUUUUCAUGUAACCACAAAGAUAUGAGAUUCCAUAUUUCAGCUGCAGAAAUCACAUAUUUCUUUUUAUUGAUGUCUUUACAGUAGAUUAUCAGGUUGUUUUAUAUCUAAAUGAUUGCUGAAAGUCCUGUUGAGAUAACAAAAUAACAGGAUUUUGUGAAAUGAAAUGACAUUAAGUUUCAUAAAUGGGUGCAUACAUGAAUCUACUGACCCAUCAACUAACCUUUAUUUAUAUGUCUGAGCAUUAUUAUUUGUUUAUCUGCCUUUCUCUUUGUCAAAUUUCAUUGCAUUGUGGGUUUUUUUAUCCAUUUGCAUAUAACACAUUAAGAAAAUGCUGGACAGA